UAGGAGAGAAGCGCACAGAGCCCGACCAUCCAUUGGGCCAAUUUCAGCAAGUUUCCCCACUGACUGGAUUCUGUCUGCAGCCGGAGCUCGUGGACUGAGUGUGCUUCCCGCUGUGAUACACACUCGCUAGAGGAAGAGUUAACCGGAGAGUUCCUUCUAUCACAACAAAACCAAAAAGCAGCGCAAAAAAAAAAAGAAAAAAAAAAAAGACGCAGAAAUGACAGUCGAGUUCAUUUCACCUCGAAACCACUGAGAACCGCAUCCUCCUGCGCUGCAUCCAGUCGUUCAACCGUGUGGGAAGAUGCGACGGAGUUACAGGAUGAAUCCCGCUUUCGUAGCAGUGUUGCUUGGAGUGGUUGGAGCUCUGGCCAAUAAAGAGGAUUGUUUGUCGGGCCAGUAUACAGCCAGCGGGGAAUGCUGCAUUCAGUGUCAGCCCGGAGAGGGGGUCACCAGACCAUGUGGAGUCACACAGACUGUCUGUGACCCUUGCCUUGACAGUGAAACUUUCUCAGAAAACCUGAGUCACACGGAGAAAUGCCAGCCGUGCACACAAUGCACAGGUCUACUCCGCAUGGAGACGCCCUGCACGGACUCCAACGACGCCACCUGUGUGUGCAACUACGGCUACUACCUGAAUGAAAUCUCUCAGCGGUGCCAACCCUGCACCAAAUGUCCUGAAGGCCAGGGCAUGCUGCUCAGCUGCGAGCCUGACCAUGACACUGUGUGUGAGGAGUGCAUCGGGGACACGUACUCAGACCAGGAAAGUUCUCGAGAGCCCUGCAUCCCCUGCACCCUCUGUGAUGAAGGGGAUGAGUUACAGGCCUGCACGUCUGUCAGUGACACAGUUUGUCAAGUUCGCUACAUGACCACGCCAUUCAUAGAUUCAUCCACGUCCAUCUAUGAAGACCUUCUAUCAGAGGGCCCUACAGACAGCACCACCACUACCACCAACGGUGAUUCCCAGGAGCGGCUCUAUCAGGGUCUGAACGACAAACUCAUUCCCAUCUACUGCUCGAUCCUUGCAGCCGUCGUGGUUGGCCUCGUGGCGUUCAUCAUCUUCAAGAAGUGGAACAGCUGUAAGCAGAACAAGCAAGGAGCCAAUAACUGUACAGCUAACCAGAACCAGACGCCAUCCCCUGAGGGGGAGAAGCUGCACAGCGACAGCGGCAUUUCUGUGGACAGCCAAAGUCUGCAGGAGCAGCAGGGCCAGACUCAAGCACAGACAGUUGUCACCAUGGAUGAUGAGCCUUGUUUGCUCCUUCCUCUUCACACCAGAGAGAGAGUGGAGAAGCUGCUGUUCAGGGGCAGUGAGGGAGAUGACUGCGACCACAUGGAUGACAGCGACUGGUGCAACCUGGCGGGCCUUCUCGGGUACGAGGAGGAGCGGAUCGCGACUUUCCGGCAGGAAGAGCAUCCUGUCCGCGCACUCUUGUCCGACUGGGCGAGCAAGGACUGCGCCAGCAUCGACACGCUGUGCACAGCACUGCGCAAGAUCAACCGCGAUGACAUCGCCCAGAGUCUUGUGCUGAGCCCAACUGCUGCAAAGCCAACCGCCACCUCUGUAGUGUGAUUUAAGCUUAACAGAGAGCAAACCACCUGAACCUUAGCCUUAAAAUUCUUCUGUGGCCUCCCACAAUCCACAUAAUUCAUGCUAUAACCGCUUUAAGCUGUUCCCUCCUGAAGCCAGCAGUACCAUGAUGAUCAAAUGCCAUGAAUCUUGAUGAAUCGUUCCAUGUUUAAUCAACAGUCCAGAAAGGAAGAGGCCAGAAAUCAGAUAAAACUGAAUGAAUAUCAAUUUCCUGAAUCAAAUCAAUGCGAAAGAAGCAAAAACUUUUCAUUUAACUGUCAGGAUGUGCGUGUAAUCAGUCAUUUUCCACACUAUUUAGCAUUCAGCUGACCGUUUCAUGUGACUUUAUUAACCAUGGAGCAGCAGUGGGCUUGGAACUGAAGUUAAAGUGGAUACCUGGCUCUUGAUCCUCUGCAUCUUUAUUCUUCAUUCUUAAACAAGAAUAGUCAGUGUGGCCCUUACUAAUAGCCUUCAUAAGCCAGUGUCGUACCUCUACAUGUUACUUUUCAAAUCCAUGCUACCAAAGAGGAGUAAACGUCUCCAGACCAUACCUGACAAGCGACAUUACUUACAUGCCAUGUUACUCUUUUUGAAUUUAAGUUGACAAAUGGCUUGUGUCUGUUACUGCUACCGGAUUGAGGCCUGCAUACCACAGAGUAUCUGGAUCUUUGCAAAUAUGACAAUCUGAGGAAAGACGCUUGGACGCAUUUCAAAUGAACCUUUUCUCCUUCAGCAAAAACAAAAGUCAAGUACAGGUAUUUACUCUGCUUUUAAAUAUUUGUGUUAGAUUUAAAACAUGGAGUUCCAGCACAUGUGGAAUUAAUCUCGAUGUUGGCUUUGUCUUAAAUGACUUCUGCAGACUCUUUUUUUUCCCCAGACAAGUUCUAGAUGAACUGCUGGCUGGACUUUGCCAACCAGGUGGUCUGUGGGGCAGAUCAUUGACCGAGGCAACAUGAGACUCCAGUCUAUGUGCUUGGGCCUAUCUGCGUAACACAGGAGCUCCUACACAGAAUCCUUCAUACUGACCCAGAAAAGGGAAGGACGUGGGACUCAAAACUCAAGUCACCCAGUAACAACCAUGUAUUCUUUAUGUACAUAAGGAGACAAGUGCACACAUCAAUUAGAGACAUGCACAUACUAUACAUACAUACAGUACACACAUAGACCUGCAGUAUGUAGCCAUGCAUGCAUGUACUAUACAAACACACACACAGAACAUGUAUGUAUUUGCAUUGUUGUUUAGUCUAGGAGACACAGAAAACUUCAGAUCCUGCCAUAUACUGUAUGGAGCAGUCUUACAAGGGGACCAUAUACUGUUUAAUCUCACUGUUAGUAGAAAAGAUAAGGUAACUGUGUCUUUCAAAUAUGUCUAAAAAUUGUAUGAUUUGCGAUGUGCACUAUAGAUGGUGAAAUGCUACAUUAACAGUAAACAGCAUGCAGAAACUAGCAACUCAUUGUCAGCCAGUGCACAAAUCCCAAGACAAAACAAAUGUACAUAGAGUACAAAUGACCAGGAUGCAAAGCAAAAACCCAGGGUUUUCUAUCUUUUUUGCUUCAUUUCUCAGGGUAUCUUAAAUGAUUGUGUUACAUCGAUAUAACACUUAAUAUUUCACCCUCUAUGACUAACUGAACGAUCUAUAAUUGUUCAAGAGGAGACGUUGCUUAUCCAAAGCAGUGACUCUUGCGACUGACAAUCCUUCAACAGGUGAAUUAGAGUGGGGAAACGGGACAGAGAAAAAAAAAAGAAAAAGGGUGUCUCGUUUCCUCAUUGUUUUCAACAAUGGCUUCUGGAUAAAAGGCAAGCCAGUAGAGACAUACGUCAAAGGAUGUGGGAUGAAUUCAGGCGAAAGGAAAGCGGAAAAGUUUUGGAUUACUUAAAUGUAAAGGUGAAACCCAGGAAUCUGCAUUUGCAUUAAUCAGCUUGUUUGUGUAUAGAAUGGCAUUCCUCUGGCAUUAUGUGCUUUUUACUUUGUAUUGUGUUGCACCUAUUUGGUUUGAAUUUGUCAAAGCAUACUUCAACAUCAUAAUUAUAAUAUGAUUAUUGUGCUGCCAACUGAUGACCCAUCAGACCUACUUUUUUCCCCUUUUUGUUUAUCGUCUAUUUUGGGGGAAAAUGUGAAGGAGCAAAUAGUUUACUGUGCUAAACUUACCUAUAUCACCACUUCAUCUGUUACUCUGGGUACAGAUUGUACAUUGUUACUAACCAUUAGCAUACUGAGCUUCAUGCUGUAGUGUUACUUUAAAUGAAGGUAUUCUCACUCUACUCUCAAAAGUUUGUUGUAUUUUAAUUCCCAAAUAACAAUUGUAUAUGGUAUUAUGUUUCUCUUAUUGUCCUAGAUCGUAGCACUUACAUGUGUAAUUAUGUUUGUCUGUUUUGCAUCACAAGUGCCUGGGAACUAUUUCAGGUGUCCGCUGAUGUUGUAUAUUUCUGUUUUUGUAAGUAUAUCUUCUUGAGUUCUUGUUUUUUUUAAACUUGUAAAUAAUUUGUAAUUUUCAUUUUCAGUUUUUAUCUUAGUUAACGCCUGGAAGGUGCCACUGUAUAAUAUGUGAAUGGGGACUUUGUUACAAUAUCAGUGCUGUCCAAGUUUAAAAGAAAGUCCAAAGGGUAGAGAGGUACCUUUGUGAGGUAUUUGGUGCAAUUGACACAAAUGGGGAACACAUAUUUAAAAUACCUAAUCAGAACUGUAGACUCAAAUCUCCAUCACUUGAGUAGUGAAAUACACUCACUCACCUUUUUGCUGAGAGCUAUAUGAGAAGAUUGAUGCCACUCUUAGACGUGUUUAUGAUAAAUUUAGCUAGAGCCAGAAGCUUAGCUUAGCAAAAAGACUGGAUAUAGAGGGAAACAGUUCACUUGGCUCUGUUGUUUGUUUAAUACGUUAAAAAAAAGUGUUGUGCUGUGUCAGAGCUAGGCUAGCUGUUUCCAUAAGUUUCUAGUCUUUAUGCCGAGCUAAGCUAACUGACUGCUGACAUGUAUCAGACAUAUACAGAGUGGUAUCAAUGGUGGUAUCGAGUGGUAUCAAUCUUUUUAUCUUAGUCUUGGCAAGAAAGCAAUAUUUCCCAAAAUAUCAGACUAUAUCUUUAAAUUGAAAACACCCCAUAUGUGCAUUUUUUUAAGUGUUGCAAGAGUAAGUAUUCAUUAAAUAACAAAAAUAGACAAACUAUAGUCUAGAUAUGUACAACCUACUUUAUUACGUUUUUCCCUUGAGGCUUUGACUCAAGGCACAUGUUGCAUUUUAAGUAAGAAGUUGAAAGAAAUGCAAGUUCUUAGUUACCCGAAAUGUUGCACAAAACUUAUAGGUCUUAGUAUGACUUUGCUUUGAUAAAUUGAUGAAGUUUAUUAAUUAAUAGUAGGUAGUAAUAGGAAACACUCUUCACUUUGGUUUAACGACACCAAAGAAAUUAUUUUUGUUAAGUGCUUGUGUUCAAUAUUAUCCAUCACCACAGAAAGACCUUCCCUGAAAGCCUUUUGUCCAUUCUACAAUAGCUUAGUCAACACGACAUGUCUUGAGAGUUUGUCAGAAACUGGUACUGAAGAUUGGGGGCCAUUCCUUGGACAGUAUUUGUUUGGUUUGAUCGAUAUUAGAGAUUUAAUUGGCCAGAAGUUGAAUUGCUUGAACAGAAAACCCAACUGAAGGUGAACACGUCACGAUAUUGCACUUGAGAGUAACAAAGUAAUCUUGCAGAUGGUGGUGGGAGGUUGGAGAGGGGGAACUAAAAGACUGUCUUUGGAGGAUGAAAAAUUAAAAAAAAAAGCCCUGGUAAUGUAGCUCAUAUUGACAAGACUGACAGUGCACCAGGACUGAAUUGUACAAAUGUGAGAAAUACUGAAUGUUCCUUGUAUACUAAUACAUAUACUGUACUAUACUUAAUGUGAAUUUGCAAAAUUCCUACCGCAGACAAGCAGUAAAACCACUAAUAAAGCUCUUAAAUGCA